ACGCGACUAGCACUGGAAAAUUUUCAAAGCUCCAACAAAAAAGGCAUACAGUAAACCGUAAGCCAUAACCACCACCAUAACACAACUGCAUAACAACACAUUGGCCAUGACUGUAUACACUGCCUCGUGUACUGCACCAGUCAAUAUAGCUACUCUUAAGUAUUGGGGUAAAAGAGACAAAGCAUUGAACUUACCCACCAAUUCAUCCAUCUCGGUAACAUUAUCGCAAAAGGAUCUUAGAACCUUAACCACGGCCUCAGCCAGUAGUGACUAUACUAGUGAUAAAUUAUGGCUUAAUGGGAAGGAAGAAUCCUUAGAGUCUCCAAGAUCUAAAGCAUGUUUACAAGAUUUAAGACAAUUAAGAGCUCAAGUUGAAGCUAGUAAUAGUGACUUACCUAAAUUGUCUCAAUAUAAAUUACAUAUUGUAUCUGAAAAUAAUUUCCCUACGGCAGCUGGUUUAGCUUCAUCAGCUGCUGGAUUUGCUGCUUUAGUUAGUUCUAUUGCAAAAUUAUAUAAAUUACCUCAAGAUAUGUCUGAAUUAUCAAAAAUUGCUAGAAAGGGUUCAGGUUCUGCUUGUAGAUCAUUAUUUGGAGGGUUUGUGGCUUGGGAAAUGGGUGAAUCAAUUGAUGGUGAAGAUUCUAAAGCUGUCGAAGUAGCUCCAUUAUCUCAUUGGCCAACAUUAAAGGCAGCUAUAUUAGUUGUUAGUGAUGAUAAAAAAGAUACUCCAAGUACUUCUGGUAUGCAAUUAACAGUAGCAACUUCUGAUUUAUUUCAAUAUCGUAUAAAGGAUGUAGUUCCUAAAAGAUUUGAAGAAAUGAAAUCUGCAAUUCUUGCUAAAGAUUUUGAAAAAUUCGCUGAAUUAACUAUGAAAGAUUCGAAUUCUUUUCAUGCUGUAUGUCUUGAUUCAUAUCCUCCAAUUUUUUAUUUAAAUGAUACUUCUAAAAAGAUUAUUAAAUUAGUUCAUAAAUUAAAUGAAUUAGAAGGUAAAAUUAUUGCUGCUUAUACAUUUGAUGCCGGUCCAAAUGCUGUAAUUUAUUAUGAUGAAAGUAAUGAACAAAAAGUUCUUGGAUUACUUAAUACUUAUUUUGGAUCAUUAGGUGGAUGGGAAUCUUAUCAAGGUGAAACUUUACCAAAAUUAGAAAUUGAAGGUACUGAUUCAGAAAUCUAUAAGGGAGUUUCAAGGAUUAUCUUAACCAGUAUUGGUGAAGGUCCGCAAGAAACUGAUCAAGUUUUAACUGUAUAGAGUUACUAGACUACACAUGUAACAAAAAUAUAAAUAUAAAUACAAGUACCCAUAAUUAUCUUUAAUUGCAAUAUAAAUUUCUAUAUAAUAUAACUGAUAACUGAUAACUGAACUAAAUAAGAAUAAAUGGAAAACGGGAAGA